CAGCCAAGAUAGAAGAGGCCAAAGGAGGGCUCUAGAGCUCUCUCCGGGAUGCGACUUUCAGGGCAACGACGCGCUUCUGACCCAAAGCGCCACUGCUGUCCACUGACCAGUAGAUCCAAGAGGAUGCUUCUUCCAAGUAUGGAGGACAGGAAAAUGAAGCUGUGGCUGCCAGGAGAACAGGUCACAUCGCUGUGGCUGCUGCUGUUGCUCUGUGUCUUGCAGACCCCCGCGGGGAGCACUGAGGUUGGUCUCAAAGUUGACCUUGACUUAACACCAGAUUCUUUCGAUGAUCAAUACCAAGGCUGUAGCAAACAGGUCAUGGAGGAGCUAAGCCAAGGAGAUUACUUCGUGGAGGAAAUAAGCAGUCAUAAGUAUUACUCCAGAGCCUGGCAAAAAGCCCACUUAACCUGGUUGAGCCAAGAGGACACCCUCCCCGAGAGCAUGACCACUAUACAUGCUGUGGCCAUCUUGGUCUACACCUUGAAUCACAAUGUGAGCUCUGACUUUACCACAGCCAUGGCCAAGGCUGUGGGGUCUCCCGGGCAGUACCGACAGUCAUUCCACUUCAAGUAUUUGCAUUACUACCUCACCUCAGCCAUCCAGCUGCUGAGGGAAGAGAGAACCACGAAGAACAGUGACCUGUGCUACGAGGUGCACCAUGGGAUGAAGAACGUGAAGUUUGACGUCAAUGUCGGUGCCACCAUUCGGUUUGGCCAGUUCCUUUCUGCCUCGCUGCUGAGGGAGGAGACCCAGGCGUCUGGAAACCAGACACUCUUUACUAUUGCCACGUGCCUGGGUGCCUCUGUGCAAGACUUGUCUUUCCGGAAGGAAGUCUUGAUCCCCCCCUAUGAGGUAUUUGAAGUCGUAAGUAAGAGCAGCAACCCCAAAGGAGAGUUGAUAAACUUGCGGUCUGUUGGGAACCUGAGCACAUACAACUGCCAGCUGUUAAAAGCUUCCAGCAGGAGAUGCACCCCUGAUCCAAUGGUGAUUGCUUGCCUCUGUUUGGUCAGCAUUGUUAUCUCUUCCAUAGGAAUCCACCGGCUCCUUUUUAAAGGAACUAUUUAAACAUUUUGCUCAUCUUUUGGUUAUCAGAAUCUGAGAUCCACACUUCCCACCACACCACAGAGGACACGGGAGACAGAAGUUGGUGGAAGAAAAUAAGUUUAUUCAAAACCAGCCCUAACUAAGGCAGAAGACACUGUCUCAAAUCCCUACUAACAGGGAUCUAUAUUGGCUACUUCCUUGUCGCUGUGGCCAAAACCAGAGGCAGAGGUUCAAGGUUCGAAAGGAAAGUUUUACUUAUAAACCUACAGAACACCACGGCCGGAAGGCAUGGCACCAGGACACCGGGCACUACAGAUGUGUAAGUGGGACAGGGUAUCAAACCUCAAGACACCCCCACCCCCAUGACUCACUCCCUCCAGCCAGGCUCCACCUCCUGAAGACUCCACAGCCAGGAAAAUAAAGCCGCCAGCAGGGUACAAAGUACUCCAACUCAAACCACAGCAAGGUCUUAACGUUCAAACUGCUCUAACAGAGAGAUAGGGGUGCAGACAGACACGGGGCAGAAUGUUCCUGUCCUGAGCAGGAACCUCACAAAGGACCACUCUCCUGCCGCAGCUGCUUAACCAGACCCGGAAAAAGUCUUUAUUCCCCUGUUACUCAAGUGCAUGGUAGCCUCUGCCAGGCGCGUUCUUAUCCAGUCUGGACACCACUUGCCUAUGAGUUGGCCAGAGGCCCACGGUGAGAGAGAUGACCACUCAGUUGUAGCCUCUGAGACACAGCCAGGGUUUGUUUUCAAAUUCAGCUUAGGA